AUGGAAUCAGGGAACAGUACACAAAUUUCAGAGUUCUUUCUUCUGGGACUUUCAGAGGAACCAGAAUUGCAACCCCUCGUAUUUGGGCUUUUUCUCUCCAUGUACCUGAUCACUGUGUGUGGAAACCUGUUCAUCAUCCUGGCCACCAUCUCAGACUCCCACCUGCACACCCCCAUGUACUUCUUUCUCUCCAACCUGUCCUCUGUUGACAUCUGUCUCACCUCCACCACUGUCCCAAAGAUGCUGGUGAACAUCCAGACACAGAGCAAGGUCAUCACCUAUGCAGGCUGCAUCACCCAGAUGAGCUUUUUCAACCUCUUCAUAGUGUUGGAUGACUGUCUCCUGACCGUCAUGGCCUAUGACCGGUAUGUGGCCAUCUGUCACCCCCUGCACUACACCAUCAUCAUGAAUCCCCGGCUCUGCGUGUUGCUGGUUCUGGCAUCUUGGAUCACGAGUAUCCUGUAUUCUUUGCUACAAAGCAUAACGGUGUUGAAACUGUCCUUCUGUACAUGCUUGGACAUUCCCCACUUUUUCUGUGAAUUGAAUCAGGUGGUCCAACUUGCCUGUUCUGACACCUUUCUUAAUGACGUGGUCAUGUAUUUUACAUCUGUGCUGCUGGGUGGCGGUCCCCUCACUGGCAUCCUUUACUCUUACACUAAGAUAGUUUCCCCCAUUCAUGCAAUCUCAUCAUCUCAGGAGAGGUACAAAGCAUUUUCCACCUGUGCCUCUCACCUCUCAGUUGUCUCCUUAUAUUAUUUUACGGGUCUAGGUGUGUAUCUUAAUUCUGCUGUUACCCACAGCUCACAUUCAAGUGCAGCAGCCUCAGUGAUAUACAACUUGGUCAUACCCAUGCUGAACCCCUUCAUCUACAGUCUGAGGAAUCAAGAUACAAAGACAGCUCUGAAAAGAUUAUUUGGAAGAAAAGUAUAA